AUGGCCACGCGCGAGCUUGAAAACCACCGUUACCGAGGCUCUCCAGGGCUCACGACCAACCGACUGACCGGUGGUGAAACCUCAAGAGAUAAACGCAAACCGAAGACACAAGUCCAAUGUUUCCAACUGGACCAGGGAACUUGUUCGGACUCCGACCCCGACCGAACGUUACCGAGUAAGGCCGAGGUUGUGGCAGACGAGUUUAGCACUGGAGACUAUCCUGUCUACGUUCCCUUUCUCAUCGUUGGCUCCGCCUUCCUGGCCCUCCUUCUUUUCGGAAGCUCCGCCUGCUUCCUCUACAAUCGCCAAACAUCAUCCACCUCCGACUCUGUUGCCAUCGGUACCACCACAACAACCACCACCACCACCACAGCCUCCUGCAGCUCCUCCGCCACCUUGUGUCCACCUCCCAUCCAUGGCGACCGCAUCCAUGGAGACCAGCCCCGAUGUCGAGGGGACAGCUGUCAUGUCCAGCGCCCGUGUCGUGACGGCCAGCCUGUCGGCGGCAGCGGUGAGCAUCCUGCAGCGGAGAACAUUGUCGUUGCCGCAGCAGCAGCCGUGAAACGUCCGAUCACCCAUCCGCACCCGCCCUGCGUCUACUGCAGUGGGCAGCACGGCCAGCGAGCGCCCAGUCCAGCCAACCCGAUCGCCAGCCGCGGCCAUGCCCUCCCCCUCACGCCCACCCCCACCCUGGUGAUGGCUCCGUCCAGCCAGCACGGCUUCACCCCCCCCGUCCCCACCCUGGCGAGGUCUCAGGCCCAGCAUUCCGUCCCACAUUCCCAGCAUUCCGCCCCGCAUGCCGCUGACCAGCAGCUGACCGUCUCCUACCCGCAGCACUUCAACACCCACCCGCAGAGCUCCUCCUACUCCAGAGCCACAUGCUCCGCCCAGUACGCCACCAUGCCCCGCCCCGGCUCCCCGGCCCAUGACACGCCCCUCGGACCCCUCCCCAAAUUACCCAUAAGCCCCCAGCAGCUGCCGCCGGGGGCGUUGUUCCCGGGCUCCCUGCUGUGCGGCUACAUCCUGCAGUCCCAGACCACGGCGGCGCUCACGCCCGCUGCCUACAGACAGCACAGGAUCCCCUCCCCUCCACCCAGCCUCACACUCACACACCACCCUCCACUCUAGAGCCCCAGUCUGUGUGUGUGUGUGUGUGUUUGUGCGUGUGUGCGUGUGCGUGUGGUGCGUGUGUGUGUGUGUGUGUGUGUGUAUCUGUGUAUCUGUGUAUGCGCGUGUGCGCGUGUGUGUGUGUGUGUGUGUGUGUAUGUGUACACGUGUGUGUUUAUAAUAAGCUAUAGAUUUUGCUGAAUGAUUGAUCUCACUACAAUAAUGCAUACAAUUAGGAUAUCAGGCUAACAAGCCACCGUGAUGUCCUUAUCAAGCAGAAGUUGUUGUAUACCGCAGUGCAUACAUUUGAC